AUGUCCGACGACGUUGUGCAGCAGGUUCUCUCCCUUCUCUCGCAGCCGACGACGACUUCGUCGAAUGGCUGCGCCCCAAAUGCGACAGCCGCCACUGGCGCCACUCCUAGCCACUUACCGGUCAACAUCCCGGAGGGCUGGCAAGCCACGCUCUUCCCAUUCCUCAGCCUUAUUCGCUGGUUUGCUACGCUGCCUGAUUGGCUGAAGCUCCUGAUUGUCGGUGGUAUCGUCGAGACUUGUCGACGCACGCUUUCCACGCUUUACGAACGCGUGCUCGGCGCGUUCUUCAUAACCGCCACAUUCGAGGAGGACGAUGAUGCUUAUGACUGGAUGCUUGUGUGGCUGUCGAAACAGCCGUCAUGGUCCAAUGCGCGCGAGGUGCACAUUACCGCCCGGUCGUAUGGCCGCGACUCGGGCGACGACUACUUGAUCCCAGGCGAGGAUCCUAGUUCCGCGGGUGCUCUCCUUGGAAAGAGCACGCCCCUCACGUACCUGCCAUCGCCGGAUUCGUCCUAUGUCUUCUAUUACCCAGCAGACGCGCCUUGGUAUGCACGCCGUCGCGUCUCUGUCAAGCGUGUUCAGCGAGAGGCGCAUGGGUACCGCGGCGGCUUUGAUGAGCUUCUCGAGAUGAGUAUUCUCGCCCGUAGUCACAAAACGCUCAAUCGCCUCCUCAUCGACGCAAAGCGGACCUACGCUGCUGAGAGGGCGGACAAGAUCGAGAUCCAUGCCGCGAAUCUGGAUGGCUCUUGGCAUAAAGUUGCGUAUCGCCCGAAGCGACCUUUGAACUCGAUUGUGCUCGAACCGGGCAUCAAGAACCUCCUUGUCGACGACGCCCGUGACUUCUUGGAGAGCCGCGACUGGUACGCAGACCGUGGCAUCCCUUUCCGGCGUGGUUACCUCCUUUAUGGCGCUCCUGGCUGUGGCAAGACCUCGAUGAUUCAUAGCAUGGCUGGAGAGCUCGGUCUUGAUGUUUACAUCUUGUCCCUAUCGACUGCUGGCAUGGAUGACUCGAAGCUCAGUGAACUGAUAAGCGAGCUGCCGACUGAGUGCAUCGCCCUCAUGGAGGACAUUGACGCCGCUUUCACUCGAGGCAUCGGCGCGCGCGGCAAGCCAGACGACGACGCUGAGGACGAGAGUGCGAAGCCUGCAAAGGACAAGCCCGCCGAGAACAACAACGCCUCCAUCUCUUCCCGCGUAUCCCUCAGCGGCCUGCUCAACGCCCUCGACGGCGUCGGUGCCCAAGAAGGCCGCAUCCUCUUUGCCACUACCAACCACUACGACGCGCUUGACCCCGCCCUCUGCCGCCCCGGCCGCAUGGACGUACACGUCGAGUUCAAGCUCGCGAGCAAGUUCCAGGCCGGUGAGCUCUUCCGCCACUUCUACGCCCCGCGCCACAAACGCCCCGAAGUGGAGAAAAUCCCCGACUCUGGCUACGUCUCUGCAGCUGCCUCUGAUGCGGGCGAGAAGAGCUCUCCGGAGCCCAUUACGCACAAUGGGGAGCUGCACUACCGCUCGAGGAUCUUCCGGAUUGACGCGGCGUUGGCAGAUGCGCUGGCGGCGCGCUUUGCCGAGGCGAUUCCUGAGCGGGAGUUCUCGAUGGCGAGCUUGCAGGGGUACUUGAUGAAGUACAAGGUCAACCCGCAGGAUGCAGUGGACAACGUGGAGGACUGGGUGCAGGCUCAGCAAUCUGCGACUCAUGGGAAGGGGGCGACGCAGGUGUUGAAGGUCGAGAGCGCAGAUGAUUCAUGA